UUGUCCAUCGCAUGUCAGAGUACGCCACCUCUGCUCCGCCGCCGUGAGCUCGUCUCGCGCAGAAACCGCCCACCGUACCCCGAUCACGACUCUCUCUCCAACCACACUCUCCAAGAAGCCGCCAACAUGGCUAGCUUCUUCAACAAGUUGAAGAGCGGAGGCAAUUCCACCACCACCGCGACGACCAAAGAUGCGCCGAGCAAAAAGGCCGGCAAGGAAGAGCCAGCUCCCGAACUGACCCCCUUGGAGAAGAUGCUGCAGAAUGCCGGCCCAUUGAGAGAAGAUGGCACCGACAAGUUCUUCGGCCUCGAGAAUUUCGGUAAUACCUGCUAUUGCAACUCCAUCGUACAAGCGCUCUUCUACUCCGAAUCUUUCAGAGAUCAUGUUGUCAAGUAUCCCCCGCUGUCUCCCACCGAUACCCCGAACGGAACCCGUCCAAAGGUCAAUGUGACCAUCCGCCCACCCGUCGCGAAAGAGCCCCCGAAUACCCCUGGCGCGAAGCAAAAAGGCUUGAGUGCUUCCGAGUCUAUGAAGCGCAGACAAGCGAUAACGGCGGGAAUGCCUCCCCCUGCUGCGCCAGGCACACGACCCGAAGAUAAGCCUGACUCGCCCGAAUACAAAAAGAAGCAGGCCAUGAUCAAGGGACCGAUUCUGGAAUUGGCCAAGGAGAACGACUCGCCGUAUGGCAUGGAGGAGUGCACUUUCACCGGUCUCAAGGACAUUUUUCAAGCCCUGAUUGAAAGCAACACCAGGACUGGAGUGCUUAGUCCGCAGCGAUUCCUCGAGAUCUUCAAGCGGGAUAACGAAAUGUUCCGGAAUUCGAUGCACCAGGACGCCCACGAAUUCUACGGCCUCGUGCUGAACGACGUCAUUUCCAACGUUGAAACAAACGCCAGACGGAUUCAAGAGCGAGAAGCAGAGAACAAAGACGGUUUGGUUCAGUCGGUGGAGAACGCCCUCGGGGCUACGAGCCUAAUCAACCGCCCAGUCAACGGCGUGGGUUCACCCGGAACUGGCUGGGUCCACGACAUUUUUGAAGGUGUCCUGACGUCGGAAACGAAGUGCCUUACCUGCGAGACGGCAUCUCAAAGAGACGAGACGUUUUUGGAUUUGUCCAUCGAUCUGGAGGAGCACUCCUCGGUAACGUCGUGCUUGCGCAAGUUCUCUGCCGAGGAGAUGCUGUGCGAAAGGAACAAGUUCCACUGCGACCACUGCGGCGGACUUCAAGAGGCCGAGAAGCGCAUGAAGAUCAAGCGCUUACCCAAAGUCUUGGCAUUGCAUCUGAAGCGCUUCAAGUACACCGAAGAUUACAGUCGCUUGCAGAAGCUCUUUCACCGGGUCGUGUACCCCUACCACCUGCGCAUGUUCAACACAACCGACGACGCCGAGGAUCCGGACCGAAUGUAUGAGUUGUACGCUGUUGUUGUCCACAUUGGUGGGAAUGCCUACCACGGACACUACGUAUCAGUCAUCAAAACCAAGGAUCGAGGCUGGGUUCUUUUCGAUGACGAGAUGGUCGAGCCCGUCGACAAGCACUUUGUGCGCAACUUUUUCGGCGACAAGCCUGGUAUGGCAUGCGCAUACGUGCUGUUUUAUCAAGAAACUACAUUCGAAAAGGUGCAGGCCGAGAUGGAGGCUGAGGGCGCGGAAGAAGUCAAGAUCGCCAACGAAACCGCGAACGUCGCUCAGGACAACGGCCAGACAAACGGCCACACGAACGGUCAGACGAACGGCUCAACACCGCUCGCUAAGCAGUUCACGCAGCCCGUCAGCCCAGUGGAGGAACGCGACCCGAUGCCCGGUCUAGCCCACGCACGAACUGCGCCGGUUACAGCAGACAAUCCGGAGAACAUGCCUGCGACUCCUGCACCGCCGUACUCUGCGGCACCGCCUGUCCCGUCGAGUCUUGCCAGAUCCAACACGGCAGCGAAAACUGAAAAGUCGAAAGACGAGAAGAAGCGGGAGAAGAAGGAGCAGGAAGCUGCGGAGAAGGCCCGGAAGCAGGCUGAAAAGGACAAGGCCAAGGAGGAUGAGAGGCAACGAAGAGAGAAUAUGGCGAAGCGGAGAGCGGCUUAUCAAAAGCAAGAGGACGAUUUGCGCAAGGCGAUCGAAGCAAGCAAGGAGUCCGCAAAAGAGGAGGAUUCGAAGAAGAAAGAACCUUCGGGCACCACCAGCUUCUUGAACAGAUCGAGUCGAGCGAGCAAGUCGAUGAGUCGAAAGAGCUUCGCAUUCCUCAGCAAGGAUAAAGACAAGGGCGAUUCGCACAAGCCGUUGGAAAACGGACACGCUGGCAACGGCACUGAGGGAUCGGCAAGUCAGUCGGACAAGCCCAAGGAGCUGAGGGAGCGGUUUAGUUUCAACCUCGGCCGGAAGAAAAGUGGUAACUUGCUGUCACGAGACGGCGCAUAA